UCCUAAUUUUUUCUUUUUUUUCGAUUUUCUCCUGUCUCUUUAAGACAUUUCACUAAGCUGCUUUUCGUCUGUACAGGGCUUUUAUUGUGAAACUCUGGGAGAGGAAGAACCCCUUGGGCGCAUGCGUAGAAGAAGCAGGUUUGCAGCAGCGGCUCUCCUGAGGCGCGGACCGAGCCGGAGGACGGUGUAGUAUUCCCCCAGCUCAGUACUCGGGUUACUGCAGUAGUCAUGUGUACUCUUGAGUAUCUGAAGGACUUUAUCCAGCGGAGGCUGGCGGCAGCCGCGGAGGAAAUCUUCAGCGAGGUGGAGAAAACCUUCGUGCAGUACGAGGAGGAGCUCGACCGUCACCGGCGGCUGGAGCGGAAGCUGCUCCGCACAGACCUCCCACAGCAACGUGAAAAUGGAGAGGAGGAGAUUCUUACUGACCAGGAGAGACCCUCAGGUGUGGAUGAACCACAGCAACCACGGAUUAAAGAGGAACAGGAGGAACUCUGCACCAGUCAGGAGAACCCCCAGCCUCCACAGAUAAAGGAGGAGGAGGAAGAAGUUAGCACCAGUCCAGAGGACCCAGAAUCUUCACAGAUUAAAGAAGAAGGGAAGGAACCCUGCACCAGUCAGGACGGAGAGCAGGUCGUGUUGAAGGAGGAGACUGAUACCUUUACGGUGACUCCUGUUCACGAGGAAGAUGGCUGCAGUGAAGCAGGACCAAACAAUGUUCUGCUCUCCCCUCUGAGCCCUCCUGACGCUGAGAAUGGAAAGAAGUACUAUCGUAUUUACACAAUGAAAUAUCUUGAAAGAAUUCAGACAGUUGACAAAAGAUACUGUUGCAAAAUAUGUGGGAAAGGUUUCGCUCACAGGUGUAAUUUGGUGGACCACAUGAGAAUUCACACUGGUGAAAAGCCAUACACAUGUGAAACAUGCGGGAAAAGUUUCAACAGAGUUGGUAAUUUUAAUGCCCACAUGAGAAACCACACGGGUAAGAAGCCCUAUUCUUGUGAAACGUGUGGGAAAGGUUUUAAUCAUCGAUGCAAUUUGGUGGACCACGUGAGAAUUCACACAGGUGAGAAACCAUACACAUGUGAAACAUGCGGGAAAAGUUUCAAUCGAGUUGGUAAUUUUAAUGCCCACAUGAGAACUCACGCAAGUAAGAAGAUGUUUUCUUGUGAAACCUGUGGGAAAGGUUUCAAUAGAAGGGGCCACUUUAAUGCCCAUCUGAAAACGCACACAGGUGAGAAACCUUAUCCCUGUUACACGUGUGGGAAAACGUUUAUAAAUGCAUCAAGGCUCAAAUUUCACAUGAUAAUUCACACCGGUAAGAAACCCUAUUCUUGUGAAACAUGUGGGAAGCGUUUCAUUCGAAAAGUGCACUUAACCACCCACGUGAGAAUUCACACAGGUGAGAAACCUUAUCCCUGCGAGGUAUGUGAGAAAAGAUUUAUUGACGCGUCAACGUUGAAGUGUCACAUGAGAACUCACACAGGUGAAAAACCGUAUGUUUGUAACAUCUGUGGGAAAGCAUUUUCUGUCUUAUCGACCUUUAAAAGUCACACCUCGGUUCAUACAGGUGAGAAACCGUAUUCCUGUGAAAUAUGUGGGAAAACAUUCAGUCGCAGUGGUCACUUGACUGUACACGUAAGAACUCACACGGGUGAGAAGCCAUACUCGUGUAAAACAUGUGACAAAACUUUCAGUCAAAGGCAUCAUUUGACUUCCCACAUGAGAUCUCACACAGGUGAGAAGCGGUAUUCUUGCCAAAUGUGUGAGAAAAGCUUUGUUCAAAGCAGUCAUUUGUGGCGGCACAUGCGAACUCACACAGGCGAGACGUCGUCGUCCUGAAACAUCUCUGUGGGAUUAUCUUCAAGUGACGCCUAGGAAAAUAAUAGAGGUUAACAGAGGAACUUUCAGAUCUCAGAGCUCUGUAGUUUAUUGUAUGUGACAAAGUACUUGAUGGAUCAAAUGAAUCAUGAUUUGAUCUUUCAGAGCCGACAGUGAGGCUGUCAGAUUUGUCCGGUCUGUAAGUUUUGAUUUUUACAGAAACACGUUGCAUAUUUUGAAAAAUGCAAAAAAUUUUUCAAUGCAACUGGCUGCAUUUGUGCAGCCAGUUGUGCAGGCUGCCCCUCGCUGGGCCUGGUCCUGGUCCUGUUGGAGGUUUCUUCCUGUUAGAAGGGAGUUCUUCCUCCCCACAGUGCUCCAUGUGUCUGAUUGUUUCUCUUUAAGAGUGUAGUUAAGGCUACUGUUAUAGAGAUAAUCAUAAUCACAAUUACUUAGAUCAGUAUUGGCCAGUUAUUGAACUUAAAAUGUCUUUUUACUGACUGUAUACACACACACACACACACACACAAUCCUCAUAGUUAAAAUAAAAAGUGGUUUAAUCCUAAUUAUUUUUCAUUGAAAGCAAAAAUCUGCAGACCUCAUUCUGGGAUGUGAACCUUACCCAUAAAGCACUUUGAGAUGACUGUUAUUGUGAACUUGGCAGUGUUGGGAAGGUUACUUUUAAAAUGUAAUCCACUACAGAUUACAUAAUACAUGCCCCAAAAUGUAGUUUGUAACAUAUUUCGUUAAAAUACUUAAUGUCAGUAACAUGUCCUGAAUACUUUAGAUUACUUAAUAUAUUGUCAUGGUUUUUACAACUACAUGGAUGUUCUGUGUGAUUUAUUACUAUUACUGAAGGCUACUUGCCACUGAGCUAAUAUUGUUAGCUGGCGUUAGCUGAGGUUAGUUCAUAGACUACUUUAGGAACUGCACAUGAUUAUUUGCACCUAGCAGGCUGUUAAUGCUUUCCAUCAAGUCUAACAGUCUGCAGUCUAAUAGUAAUAAAUCACACAGCAGUAGUAAAAUCGAAGAUACUGAAGUGGCACAUAACCCAGGUAGCUACCACAACUAAAACAAGGUAGCUGCAGUAGGCUAAUGUUAGAGCUUACUUCCAGAUGUUUCUUUAGGUUGGAGUCUUUUGACGCUGAGAGCAGCUUGGUUGCUGACAAACAGAGUUUGCAUUGCACACUCAGAUUUCAUCCCUUUUUUCUUUAAAUAUGAAGUAGUGUUGGAAUUUCCAAGUAAUAAAUGUAUUCCUACCCAUGCACUGUUGGUUCUGUUGUGCUGCCUCCAGGUCCAUUGUGUAACUCACACCACCAACAUUAACAGGACGCUUACAUUAGAGCCUUUGUGUGUUUGUUUGGGUUUCCAACAAUGCGUUUAAUUACCAAAAUUAGAGAGGGGACAGCCGAACAUAUGAAACAUAUGUAUGUAUCAUAUGUAAUCCAUUUAUUUCAACAAAGUAACUGUUUUCUAAUUAUCACCUUUUUAAACGGUAACUGUAACAGAAUACAGUUACUCAUAUUUUGUAUUUUAAAUGUAUUCCGUUACUCCCCAACACUGGAACUUGCUCUAUUAAUAAAACUGGCUUGAGCUGAGCAGAGGUUCCAUCUUACUUUGUCUUUGUUUGCAUGUUUAUGCGUUACGUUUCUCUUUCUUUGUGCGGCUGGAUUUACAGAAGUGUUCCAGCUCCCGCACCAUUAGUGUAGUGUCUAAUAUUACAAUAGUUUUCUCAUUAUUUUAAGUAUAUGUUUCCAAAGAGUCUUUUUUUUAAUGCAGUGUUUCUCCAUGAAAACACUUCCUGAGUUUGGUCAGUUUUAGUAGAAUUUUUUUUUUUUGCUUAGUUUAUAUUUUUGUCUAUUUUAUGAUUACAGUCUUUUCACUGUAUCACUCACUGCUGUAAAUGAA